CUAAACUCUUUCAACUCUUUUUGUGUGUCUGGACCGGCCACGUGCUUAAGCAUGUCUGCUUCAACUACGCCCACUUGAUCACGUGAUCAGGUGUCUGGAAGUAUGCCCUCUUGCACUGGUCUAAAAAUAAGGCUUGCCCUUCAUGGCUGCACGAAUAGACCAUUUUUUCACAUUAUUGUGACCGAGAGUAGAUUCAAAAGAAAUGGCAGACAUCUUGAGCAGCUCGGCUCGUUUGAUCCUAUGCCAAACUACAACAAUGAGAAAUUAGCCUCACUCAAUGUUAAAAGAAUCAAGUAUUGGUUGGGAGUUGGAGCCACGCCUACUAAUUUAGUGUCUAAGAUUCUAGGAUUAGCAGGACUGCUUCCUAUUCAUCCCAGAACUUAUUUAGAGACGAGACGUCGUAGAGAAGGAUUGUUACAAGAAACAGCUGUAGCUGAAAGUGAGGAAGCACGACUAAAAGAACAAUCUUAAAUUGAAAAAAAUAUACUCUAUAAUUAAUAAUUGUACUAUAUCACAGUGAUCUUCUAAUAAUAUAAUUUAAAAUGUAAGCUAAAAGAUUUUGAGUUUUUUAGGGGGCGUUGUGUUAAAAUUAUA